AUGAAACAUUCCCGACGCUAUCAAGAAAUAAAAGAAAAAAUCCCAAGUAAUAAAUACUACUCUUUAUCAGAAAGUUUAAAUUUUCUGCAAAAUAAUAACCAAGAAAAGAUAAAAAGCAUUAAAGCCACAAAAGCCAAAAUAGCAAUAGUUAAGGACAAUUUGCCAACUAGUAUUAUCAGCGUUCUGCAAAAAAGUAAGCAAGUUGAAUUAUUAACUAGUGAAGAACUUCAACAACGAACAAUAGCAAAUGCACCCAAAGGAAUUUAUCCUAAUAAAAAAAAUGGUUCGUUAACGGAAAAUAUCUUAGAGGAAGCCGAGAAAUUCCUUCAAGGAGAAAAAGAACUAAGAACCGACAAAAGUGGAAAUAUCCAAAUCAUAUUAGGCAGAAGUGAUUUUAGCCAAGCACAAUUAGAAGAAAACUAUAAAAAACUCUAUGAUAAAAUAACUAGUUUGCGACCAAUGGGUUGA